AUGGAUCCGUUUGCACACGCCAUGCGUCCCGACAGAACCUUCCGGAGUUUUGUGACUGUCUACGCCACUGAAUACUUCACUGACUACGAGUGCUGCGUCGGGUGGAACAGGAUCAACGAUACUUGUCAAGCGGACUGUCACUUCCCAUGUCACCACGGCUUGUGCGUCGAAACGAACGUCUGUGAAUGUGAUGAUGGAUGGGAAGGCGCGCAGUGUGAACACGAAAUCCCUGACAUUGACGAGUGUGCUAGGGGCGACAGCGGCUGUGCGCAGAACUGCCACAACACGCACGGGUCGUACUUUUGCACCUGUGACGCAUGGUACAGCUUAGCUGCCGACGAACACAACUGCACAGAUAUCAACGAAUGCGUCACAAACUAG